ACGUAGCCUAUUUUAUAUUGACUAACUUUAGUAUAUACAUAGGAAAAUUAUACAAUGUCGGAAGUUUCACAAACUCCAAAAUAUUCCGGAACAGUUAAAGCAUACAAAAGCUUUCAUCCAGAUCGGGACGCCCAGGUGUUUGUGGACAAUCUACGACACAUUGGAGGAGAUGAAACAGCAAUUAUAUCAGUCGUGUCUUCUCGAACUUUGGACCAGAGACUUGAAAUUGCAAGAAGAUACGAAGAACAGCAAGAAAAGCCCUUGCUUGCAGACUUAAAAUUGUACACCAGACUGGAUUUUCAGAGAGUUUUGUUAGCUUGUUUCACACCUGCUAUCCAAUAUGACUCGUGGAGUUUAAAUGAAGCAUUAGAAGAGUUCGGUACAGAUGAGAAGUCUCUUGUUGAAAUACUGAUCUCUCGAAGUAACAGUCAAAUUAAGGAAAUACGAGAGUAUUAUCAGAAGAUGUAUGAUCACGAAGUCGAUGCUCUCAUAAAACGAAAGACCAGUGGAGAAUUUUGUGACAUGCUUUUAAUGUUGGCAACGCCAUCUCGGGAUGAAUCGAAUACAGUAUCAACACAGCUGGCCAGACGAGAUGCAAAAGUUUUGUUCAAAAACAUUCCGAAAAGUUGUGCAACUCGGAAUUACAGUUUCAACGAGGUUUUCUGCAAACGAAAUUUUCAGCAUUUACGCGCAACAUUCGAGGAAUAUCGACGGUUGUCUGGUCGAGAUAUUCUACAAGAUAUUAGAACCGAAUUUCAUGGACAUAUGAAAGAUGGAUUAAAAGCAAUUACUGAAUACGCCAGAAGUCCACCCGAAUAUUUUGCUCAUCGCCUCUACAGAUCGAUGAAAGGACUUGGUACCGAAGAUAGCACUCUGACACGAAUAAUAGUGACUAGAUCUGAGAUCGAUAUGACACAAAUUAAAGAGAAGUUUAAUGAGAAAUAUGGAGAAACACUUGAGCAGUUUAUUAUGGGCGAUACAAGCUUUGCCUACAGAACAAUUCUGCUCUCUCUCAUAUUUUGAGCAACAGACUAUAUAUAUCUUGUAAAUACUCUGUCAAUAUUGUCAAGUUCCUUUAAAAUGGUUAUUCUGCAAAGUAACUUGCCUUUCUUGGACCGGGCACAAAACACGGCCCUUUAACGUGAACUUACUGUAUAUACUAUAAACAUUUUAUCAAUUGCAAAAGUCUGUGAGCAAUAAAUAUUCAGUAACUGAAAAACUUUGAAUAUCUACAUUUUUGUGCAGUGAGAAUACAAUAUAUAUUACAUAUAA